GGAUUGCGUUCUCUUUACAGAUUACAAAGUUGCCCAGAUCUACACGAACAACAACACCUCUUUCCUUUUUCUGCAAACACAUUACAACAACAAACAAGGGCUAUUAUUAUUAUUAUUAUCCAAUAGAUAGAAAAGAUAAACACAUUUAACUGUUGCUCAAAAAUCAAUCACCGGGUUUCGAAAGAUGGAGUCCGAACUCCAGAAAUUACCACCCGAAACUAACCAAACAACACGACCCGAAUCCGAUGAUCGACCUCUUUUGAAACCCGACCCGACUAACCCUCAACUCCAAGUUCUUCAAUCCCAGUCUUCUAGCCCUAGUAUUGAAGAAUUAGAGAAGAAAUACGCUCCUUACGUAAGGCAUGACGUGUAUGGUAUAAUGGGUCGGGGCGAACUGCCAUGGACCGAAAAGGUGCUUUUAGGUAUUGCACUGGUGACGUUGGUACCUAUGAGAGUUGUUGGGGCAACGACUGUAUUGGUGGUUUAUUACUUGAUUUGUAAGGUUUGUACAGCGUUUUCGGCACCGAAUCGAGAGGAAGAUGCAGAGCAAGAGGAUUAUGCACAUACGGGUGGGUGGAGAAGGGCUGUGAUGAUGCAAAGUGGGAUGUUUCUUUCAAGAGUAAUGCUUUUCGUUUUUGGAUUCUAUUGGAUAAAUGAGACUUAUCAGCCUAUUGAUCUUAAUGGCAACAGAAAUAAUGAGAAUGGAUCAAAAGAGCAGGCUGAAGAACUUGAAAGACCAGGGGCUGUUGUGUCAAACCACAUUUCGUACUUGGAUAUCCUGUAUCACAUGUCUUCCUCAUUUCCUAGCUUUGUUGCUAAGAGAUCAGUGGCUAAGCUUCCUCUGGUUGGUCUCAUCAGCAAGUGCCUUGGUUGUGUCUAUGUCCAGCGGGAAGCUAAAUCACCUGAUUUUAAAGGCGUCUCAGGUGUUGUAAAUGAAAGGAUUCGUGAAGCUCAUCAGAGCAAAUCGGCACCAAUCAUGCUGCUUUUUCCAGAGGGCACUACCACAAAUGGUGAUUUUCUCCUUCCAUUCAAGAGUGGUGCAUUUCUGUCCGGAGCUCCAGUGCAGCCUGUAAUAUUAAGUUAUCCGUACCAGAGAUUAAGUCCUGCUUGGGACUCGAUAUCUGGGGUUCGGCAUGUGAUUCUCCUUCUCUGUCAAUUUGUAAAUUACAUGGAGGCAAUCUGGUUACCUGUUUACUAUCCCUCUCAGCAAGAAAAGGAUGACCCCAGACUUUACGCUGAGAAUGUUCGGAGGUUGAUGGCUCAUGAGGGUAAUUUAAUACUCUCAGAUAUUGGUUUGGCAGAGAAGCGAGUAUAUCAUGCUGCUCUCAAUGGUUUGUUUUGUCAACAGUAAUUCGGGUUCGCCAUCUGUAUAUUCAUUCUGUGAUUCUAUUAUUUGCAAAAGUUAUAGAAGAUAACUUAUCCAGAUGAAGCAUUCUUUGUGUCUAUAUCAAUGAAAAUGGACCUAUGGACAUCAUUGUUUGGCCACAGCCAGUGGUUACAUGCUCAAAUAUCUCUGUUCCUUAUUCAUUUACCUUCCAUUUUGACAGACCCAAAAAGGUGAAUUCAGCGUGGCAGCUAGUGCUGCUGGCUGGGUUGAAUGUAAUCCCCAAGAUUAGGUUAGUCUCUCCCCUCCUCUUCUGGUAUGUGAAUAGAUUCCCACUAAUUUUCCUUGACGGUUGCUCCUGAGCUAGACGUAAAAGUUGCCUCUUCACCUGCUUCUUGGCUUUCAGGAGUUCUAAAGGUUCUUGUUCAUUUUUGUUUUUUACUAAUGUAUUCAAAGAUUAGAAAUCAAGUAUGUUGGAGGCAUCAACGCUGCCUCAAAUAUCAUUCCUCGCA